AUGUCCAUUUACCUUACAAACAGAAAUAAAAUGGGUAAAGAACUUAUUAGAGAAAAUCUUGUCAAACCUUACGUCCACACUCCAUUGGAUAAGAGUACAAAGGCAUCAGACUUUGCUGCCUCUAACUUCCCCAUGGUGGCUAUGUUCAUGAGAAACAAGGCUCUCUCAUGGUCUGCAUUGUUUAUUGCUGUGCAGUCUUAUUUGAACGAUCCUCUAAUUAAAGAUCCUUCAGAUCAGUCGCAGCCUGCCAUAUUGAAGGUGGUAUUCGCAUUCGUUGCAGUGACCACUAGUUAUUUAGAUAUAUUAUUUCCUCAGAUGAACCCUGCUGUUAACAUGCAGGCUAUUAAUGCUGCUGCUGCUGCCACUGCCACUGCCACUGCCACUGCCGCUACGGUUACUGCUGCCACCGGAUCUAACUAG